CUUCGUUAUCACUCUUCAUUCUUCUUCAAACUCAAUCAAACCAGACUUUUCUCUCUCUAUAUCUCUCUCUCUCUGUUUCUUGAUUCUCUUUCUUCAUUCAUUUCUCCACCAGCCCAGCCAGCCAGCCAGCCAGCUCGAAUGGAUAACAUGGGUAAGUGCGACGCCAACUACACUCAGCUCACUCCCCUCACCUUUAUAAAGAGAGCCGCCGCCGUUUACGCCGACCGUCCUUCCAUUAUUUACCAAUCCACCCGUUUCACCUGGAGCCAAACCUAUAACCGCUGCCGUCGUCUUGCCUCCUCUUUCCGAUCACUCAACAUCGUCAACAACGACGUCGUGUCGGUCCUGGCGCCCAAUGUCCCUGCAAUGUAUGAAAUGCACUUUGCAGUCCCAAUGGCCGGAGCGGUUCUUAACGCGAUCAAUACCAGGCUCGAUGCCAAGAACAUCGCCACCAUUCUCCAACAUUCCGAGGCUAAAUUGUUCCUCGUCGAUUGUCAAAUGGUUCCUCUGGCCCAUGAGGCUUUAAAGAUACUCCUAAAAGAAUUGUCAUCUCCGAUGCCUCUGGUGGUUGUCAUCGACGAUGUCGAUUCCCCAACCGGCAUCCGCUUCGGGGAGUUGGAAUAUGAACAACUCAUUCGUAAAGGAAAUCCCCAAUUCGUCGCGACCGAGGUCAUUAACGAAUGGGACCCAAUCGCGUUGAACUACACAUCCGGAACCACUUCGGCACCGAAGGGGGUUGUUUAUAGCCACAGGGGAGCUUUCUUGAGUACGAUGAGCAUGCUCCUCGGAUGGAACAUGGGGACAGAGCCAGUUCAUAUGUGGUCACUCCCUAUGUUUCAUUGUAACGGGUGGACUUUCACUUGGGGCGUCGCGGCUCGAGGCGGGACUAAUGUCUGCAUACGCAACACCACCGCGGAAGAAAUGUACAAUAGCAUCGCCCUCCACGGCGUCACCCACAUGUGCUGCGCCCCUAUUGUUUUCAACAUCUUACUCGAGGCAGAGCGAAGGAAACUGACAUCUCCUGUUCAAAUCUUGACCGGUGGAGCCCCACCUCCGGCUGCCCUCCUCGAGAAGAUGGAGAGGCUAGGAUUCAAGAUAGUUCACGCCUACGGGCUUACAGAAGCCACAGGGCCUGCCCUGGUAUGCGAGUGGCGUGACCAGUGGGAUGUACUGGCGUUGGAAGAAAGGUCGAAAUUGAAGGCAAGACAGGGGGUCGGGGUCCUGACUCUGGAGGACGCGGACGUUAAGGAUAUGGUUACCAUGAGAAGCGUGCCGCGCGAUGGGAAGACGAUGGGAGAGAUUGUUCUUCGUGGGAGUAGUAUUAUGAAAGGUUACUUCAAAGAUCCGGCUGCCACUGCCAAGGCGUUUAAGGGUGGUUGGUUCUGGACAGGGGAUGUUGGUGUUGUUCAUCAGGACGGGUAUAUAGAAAUUAAGGACAGGUCCAAGGAUGUUAUAAUUUCGGGGGGAGAGAAUAUUUGUAGUAUCGAAUUGGAAAAUGUUCUUUACGGGCACCCUAAUGUUGUAGAGGCUGCGGUUGUGGCAAUGCCGCAUCCGAAGUGGGGAGAAAGCCCUUGCGCGUUUGUCAGUGUAAAGAAGGGUUCAGGGGCAUCGGAAUCGGAGAUACUAGAUUACUGCCGGAACAAUUUGGCCGGAUUCAUGAUGCCAAAGAAGGUGGUGUUCAUGGAGGAGCUACCCAAGACUGCAACCGGAAAAAUUCAGAAAUUUGAACUCAGAGCUAUGGCAGAGAAGUUCAAAAUCUCCGACCACCAUCAGCAGCCGCAGAAGCAGCAGCAGCAACAGAAGAAGAAUAAGAAGAAGGAGUAUCCGGCAGCCAGAAAAGAAGAACAAGGGCAUCACGAUCAGAUUCUUGCACUGUCUCGUCUUUAAAAUGUUAUCUAAUAUUUAUGAGUUUAUAAGUUAAUCAACUUGAUACUUUAAAUUUGAUAUAAUUAUGCAAGUAUUGAACAUGAAAUAUAGUCUGUAGUCAUAUGUCAGUUCAAUGUAAUUGAAAUU